UGCCCUGGGUUUAUUAAAGCAGCAUUGUGGAUGAUUUCAGGUACAGACUUGCCACAGACACAGUCUGGGGAAAAAGAACAAGCCUUAUGCAGCCACUUGGAACUGUACAGCAACCUGAGUAGGACAUAAAACCCUGCACAACGGGAGACAAAAGGUCAACCACCCUGGUGGUACUAAUCCAGCACCAUGAUUUGGAUACUUCAGGUCUUGUUCUCACCACUCCCAACACCAGCAUUGAUUGGCCUUUUUAUUCUUGGAGCAAUAGUCAUCUUGUGGGUGAUAACUAGACCAAAGGCCAUUACUCCUCCUAUUGACUUGGAUAAACAGUCAGUAGGAAUUCAGGGAGGCGCCAGAAGAAGUACUUUCUUGCCAGAGACUCAACUGCUUGCUUAUUACUAUGAAGAUGCCAAAACUAUGUAUGAGUCCUUCCAGAGAGGACUUCAUGUGUCUGAAAAUGGACCAUGCUUGGGGUACAGGAAACCGAAACAGCCAUAUCAGUGGUUGACUUACAAACAGGUGUCAGACAGAGCUGAAUAUUUGGGAUCAGGACUCUUGUUCAAAGGAUGUAAACCAUCACCAGAUCAAUUUAUUGGCAUAUUUGCUCAAAAUAGACCAGAGUGGAUCAUUUCCGAGUAUGCCUGCUACACUUACUCAAUGGUUGCUGUUCCGCUGUAUGACACUCUGGGGCCAGAUGCCAUUAUAUUUAUUAUUAACAAAGCUGAUAUCUCCAUUGUGAUCUGCGACAAACCUGAAAAGGCACUAGUCUUGCUUGAGAGCUGUGAGCAAGGGAAGAUCCCAGGUCUGAAGACCAUCAUUCUGAUGGAUCUCUUUGAUAGCGAGCUCAAAGAUAGAGGCAUGAAAGGAGAAGUGGAGAUCCUGUCAAUUCAGGAAGUUGAGGAGCUGGGCAAGAACAACUUAAAAGAGCCUGUUCCUCCUAAACCUGAGGACCUUAGCAUUGUUUGUUUCACCAGUGGAACAACAGGUGAUCCAAAAGGAGCCAUGCUCACACAUGAAAACGUUGUUGCAAAUGCGUCUGCUUUCCUUAAAAGUACUGAGAGUACAUUUGACUGCAAGACUACAGAUAUCUCAGUAUCGUAUCUUCCUCUGGCUCACAUGUUUGAGAGAGUAGUACAGACCAUCAUGUACUCCAGUGGAGCAAGAGUGGGCUUCUUUCAAGGAGACAUUAGAAUGCUAACAGAUGACAUGAAAACCUUGAAGCCAACUAUGUUUCCAGCAGUACCAAGACUGCUCAACAGGCUCUAUGACAAGAUACAAAGUAGUGCACAGAACCCAUUGAAAAAGACUCUGCUAAACUUUGCUGUGGAUAGAAAACUGGCAGAUGUGAAGCAGGGCGUUCUCCGAAAUGACAGCAUCUGGGACAAAAUGAUUUUUAAGAAGGUCCAGGAGUCCAUGGGUGGGAAGGUGCGUAUAAUGGUAACAGCAGCUGCACCUAUAUCUCCCCCUGUCCUGACACUUCUCAGAGGAGCACUGGGAUGCCAGAUUUUUGAAGCCUAUGGUCAGACAGAAUGCUCAGCAGGUUGCACCUUCACAGUGCCUGGAGACUGGACAACAGGGCAUGUUGGAGCCCCUCUACCUUGCAAUAUCAUAAAACUAGAAGAUGUGGCUGAUAUGAACUACUUCUCUUCCAAUAACGAAGGAGAGGUCUGUAUUAAAGGAACAAAUGUCUUCAAGGGUUACUUGAAAGAUCCUGCGAGAACAGCAGAAGCUCUUGAUGAUGAUGGCUGGCUUCACACUGGAGACAUUGGAAAAUGGAUGCCAAAUGGAACCCUGAAGAUCAUUGACAGAAAGAAGAACAUCUUUAAGCUAGCACAAGGGGAGUACAUUGCGCCAGAGAAGAUUGAAAACAUCUACAUCAGAAGUGCUCCUGUAGCCCAAGUGUUUGUACAUGGGGACAGUUUACAGCCCUCUCUGGUGGGUGUAGUGGUUCCUGACCCCGAGGUACUGCCAAACUUUGCAGCAAAACUUGGAAUAAAAGGUUCAUAUGAAGAAAUGUGCACCAAUUCAGUAUUGAAAAAAGCAAUUUUAGAAGAGCUGGUCAAAGUAGGAAAAGAAGCAGGCCUUAAGUCCUUUGAACAAGUUAAAGACAUCCACAUUCAUCCAGAGAUGUUCUCAAUUGAAAAUGGACUUCUGACCCCAACACUGAAAGCAAAGAGAGCAGACCUCUGUAAAUACUUUAAGACCCAACUUGAAGCCCUCUAUGCAAAUAUGCAAUAACAUAUUGGGAUUUCUGUGGAAUACCAAAGCACUCCCCAGGACACUAGUUCAACUGAGAACAAGACUGAACAUAGGCGCAAGAGGAACUUUAACAGAAAAGUGACGUUUGUCAAUUUACACCAUAGACUUUGUCAAAACAAUGACCGUAAGCUAUGGUGUUCCAGUCACCUCAACUCUGGCAUAGGCACAAGAUUCCAAGAAACUUGGCAGCUCUUGCUUUGAGACUGAAGCGCACAAAUCUCUAAAAUGGUGGCUAUGAAGCAAAUGGGCAGAUCUGAUUAAAUUCCAUCCUUGGUCAAAGUAGUUGUUUGCUGUCCAUAACAUCGAGUUAGUAAUGGUGAAAUUGUCAUUGGCUGGAAGACUGUUCACCAUGCCUCCAGCAUGGGCUGAAGCCUGAAGCUUUUGUACUAUGUUUUCAGCUGUCUUCUAGUAACUGUCAAGCAAUAAAUUUUAAUUGCACAUUGAAAAA